AUGAACAACUGCUCAGACUUCAAUUACGAAAUCAAGGACUGGAAAUUGACCUUUGGCGACGUCAUCGCACUCGCUGGUGACUUUUACUCCCGGUGGCAGUUGGACGGCUGCAUUCCUUCGAUCAGCGAUGAUUGGGACUCAGACCCGGAGAAAAGCCUAGGCAUUGCCGCAGAAAACGUGAAUCUUCUGCGAACAGACUCUCCAGGCAUUUUGAAGUGUGUCCAAUCACUUAUUCAAGAGCAGGGGGAGUACGUCAAGCAAGCCGCUGCGGACGGACGGGAUAUUGCACAGGACGCGAAAAAAGCAUAUUCCUCAGUGCAUACCCUGGCUUUGAGGAAAGCCCAAGAAGCUUAUAAGAGCAAGAAAGAAUCCGACCUCACGGAAGCAUACUUCAUCGAGGGAUUUGCCCAGCAUUUUCUUACGGACAUGUUCGCAGCAGGCCAUAUCCGUACGCUACGCCGCCUAUUGCAUAGUACUACAUUCACUUUGGAUCUCUAUCCCGGGGACCAAUGCGGCAAAGGCCAGCAAGAUGAAGACGGCACCAAUGGGCCAUGGGUCACGAAUCAGGAAGGCGAAUCGUGGGCGGCUUAUGGUGACAAACAACUUGGUCAAUGCCGAUCCGGUAAGAACCGGCAGAUGGUUGCUGCAGCCAGCCAAGCCGGCGUUGAUGAAGUCUGGGAGACUUUCCAAUCUGGUAAGAUUCCAGCAACCGCCGAGUUCAAAGCCCUUAAGAAGGUAUGCCUAGUUUCAUCCUCGAUACUUGCCAUUGAUUACCGGCCGUCGCUAAUGGAGACUUUCAUUUCAAGGCCCCCUCUGCCUGAGAAGACUUUGGGCAUCACAAACUCAGUGCCGCUUUUUGAAAGGGAUCCUGAGGAUGCAAGCCGGAUGCUCUUUCGGCAGAAUAUUGAUAACCGUGCUAUUGCCAAGUCCAGGGAAGUUAUCGAUGACAUCCCGACUAAUGACGAAUGGGCCAAAUACCUCAAGGCCAUCACCAACUCGGGCUCGUCCAAAAAUAUGUACGUAUAUUCGAGGUCCUUUGCCUCGGAUCAGCGCUUUCUUCAUCUCGGCCAGAUAGAAAGGGGCGGCUCGGACCUAGUUUCAAACCUAUACGGCCCAGUCGACGCUGGCAAGUUUGGUCAGAAUUGGAACAUGGCUGCCCAAGGCGUCGGAAGCUUAAAGGCUUCGGAAAAGAAGAGGCCCUGGACAAACGCCCAGUCUCUUGCUGAUGGCGUGGUCUCCCUUGUCGCCAGGGAGCACACAGGCGGUGGGAAGACUAAUGCACUCCAUGUUGGAUACAGCUUUCUCGAAACCUCGAAUGGCCAGCUACGCCCUCAGGUUCUGUGGAGCCAAGCAGUUGAUGACGGAAACAGUGAUCGUAGCUCCGGGGAAGUUAUCUAUGGGUCUUUCUCUCAAUACUCCUCGAAGCGAAUCAUGGUCAAGUAUUUUGAGGGCUCAAAGGCGGAUUCGAAAUUGGAAUUCUGGUCCUUGCUAAAUAGCCCUCCCUCCCAACUUAGCUUGACACUCAAUACAACAAACUUGAACUUCUUGCUGUCUCACAAAAUUGAGCAAACGGAUUCUUUUUCGACUAUUGUCGGCUAUCAGAGUGGCCCAUUGUCGACAUCUGCUGGAACAUGGCACUUUUGCAGCUGGACGUCCGAGUACCAGAAGAUGCGGCUCACAACGAUCUCUGAAACCAACUCCAGCCCUGCUCAGGCACUGGUGUCAGAUCCCCUAUCCAACCGACUGGUCCGAGUCUACUAUGAUAAAAGACAUCCUACUGUCAAGACCCUUCAGAUCGACGUGCUUCUUCCAACAAGGGACGUAUUUCCUAGUCGUGCAAAUGGAACAUUCGAUGCUCCUGUGGUCAGCGAGAUCCAGCUGGAUCCAAAGAUGGGAACCCUGUUCACCGCCGAGUUCAUGGAACCCCUCUACACGGCGCAGACUACCUUCACUUAUGCGAACACCGGGCACCGAACCUCAGCAGCAAUAAUGUCUUUCUUUGACAACUAUGGCAUCAUCGCCACGAGAAUCAUUGCGCCGGAAGCGAGUCGGGGCACAUAUAAGUAUGCGCUAAUGGGACAGGACUCUGCCAUUGCUGGUCAGCGGUCGACUACACUAGGGGAGCGGCGCAAGGAUUUGAUGGGCCUGCGGAGGAAAACUCAGAGAAUUGGUAUUAUGCCUGUAUAA